UGAAGGGAGAGAGUGAAAAAUUAUGAAUUCUAAUGUCGUGUACGCAGCUAGUGUUUGUCCCGACACAGGCUACACGAGCCAGACUUACGGCGGGGAUCUUUCGUCUGCUCAGGUGUACUACCAUCAAACGGGUACGUCGGCUGACCCCAUAACUGGACACUACGGACUGGUGGCCCCAUAUACUAACGAGCCAAGGCCCCAGAGCGAUGCCGACUUAACACCGCAUCAGAUCAUCAACGACCAGAAUGGAUUGAGCUACACCAAUCUGGAUCAGACCCCGUAUCAGAAUCGCCCUCCGGCCCCUUACGUCCAAGCUGAUAUGGGGCCUAGGAACCAAUACGCUGGUUAUAGGAACUUGGAAUAUUCAGAAGUGGGAGAGGGUGUCGCCACAGCUUACCCUUAUUUGGACCCUCUCAAUUUGCCUAGGAGGAACGGGUACGCUUAUCACGACACUUCCUACGAUCACAGAAGGGAUAACUGUCAGGUAAAUGGUGCUUACGACAAUUCGGGCCUCCGAGCGGGACCACAACAGGCCCCUGUUCCUACUUACAAAUGGAUGCAAGUCAAGAGGAGCGCACCUAAACCAGGUAAGUUUCCCUCAUUUUAACGCUGUAUCGCGCCUUUUAUUGACGUUGUGUCAGUUUCGUUCGCGUUAAACUUCGCGUCAAGCGUGGUUUUUCUACUUCCCCUUUAAUUUUUAAGGAAUUUUUGGCACUGUUUAUCGGUUCUACCCCUCUGAAAUCACCUUCUCAUUAGGGCCUGAAGAAUAAGAUGAAUUCCCAAUGUAAAAAAAAUCACACAAAUGUCCUCAAGUGAGUUAAAAUUUGAUAAAUUAAAGCCUUCGCAUUGCAUCACGUGAUCAGAAAGGCCACUUUCUGAUGCCUGUAUGGGGUGAAGAAUAAAAAAAAUGUGUUCAAUCAAGGUGACGAAGAAAGUUUAGCAUGCUUUGGGCUUUCUCAUUUUGUAAACACCAAAAAACAGGCUUAAAAAUAAGAUUUCUGAAGCCUGCCAAAGAUAAUUUAUCAGCCUACCUAUCUAACUGAGUUGGAAGUUUAUCAAACAAAACUUGUCUGCCAACGUUAGAUCAAUAAAGCUUGCAUGUCGCCUAUUUUCCAUCGAUACAACCGUUAGUUUUAUUGUACAUACAGGAGGGGGCCUGUUAAUAUAAGUUUUUACGUACAGUGUAAGGCUGUAAGUAAAAACUCGUGCAUAAAUAUCACCACAUCAAUUUAGGCCUUGACGUAACGAAUAGGCCUACAGACUUACACGUUUUUAACGACAUCAUUGUUGAUAUCGUCAAGAAGGGUGCUGCAAAAGUUGUGUUUUACUAGCAAUUUUUUAAAAAUUUCCUCUAUUCUCUUUGCAAAUUUUACUCCCGUACUUAAUUUAGAACAUAUUUACGUACUAAAAUUUAGGCUAAAAUAAAAAUAAUGCCUUAAAAAGUAGGCUAAACAGGCAAUUUGGAUACACGUUACCUACGGUGUAAUUUAAGGCUGUCAUACUUCCAAUGUCUACUUUAUUAACUAGAAAUGUAAAGGCCUUAUUCUGAAUGAGCCUUAAUAAAGAUAUUUUAAGUUCCUUUCAGAAUAAGGCCUUCAAAUUAAUGAAAAAUUACACGACACUCCUAACAGUUCAGUUUGAGGGCAUAGUUAGUCCCAUGCAUCUCUAGAGAGAUGUUAGUAAUAUUCAGGUUUGUAUACACUACAAAAUUAGGCUCAGUUUAUUAAAAUGAUAUGUUAUUACGAGCCUUAAAUCAGGAAAUUAAACGGAAAGCCUUUAAAAGUUAUUAAUAGGUACUUAGGGUGGUUCUGUACACGAGAAACCUAAUAUCGAUUAGGCCUACGUUGAGAAAAUUGAUCCUGUCGAGCCUCUUUAAUGAAGAGUAAACAGGUUUAUACUUUCAUUUGUCAAUAAGUCACUUAAGCGGAGUAAAAAAAAGGAAUUGGGUGCAAAUAUCAACCACAAAAUGGCUGUAAUUACUGCCAAAAUGUAAUUUAUGGCUUUCUUUCCCUUGGUUUUAGGACCACUAACAGCAAUUUCCCGCUUCCCCUUUAUGAAAUAUUAGCCUCAUAAUGACCUAAAUAGCCUGAAAAAUCAAUUUGGAAGAAUGAAUGAGUUUAAUAUGCAAAUUCCCUUCCUCUUUUUUAAAACAAGAGAGCCUUUACAGGUUGGAUGCAUCAGGCCUCUUGUAUGCUCGAGCCUUUGGGUCUUAACUUGAAUACUACCACUGGUUAGGCCUUUUGUUCGUUAUUGAAGAGACUAUUGUGGUAAAUAGUACCUUAAAAAUGGUUCUAUUUAAGGCCCUCGUCUACUUCAAAUGCUGCUACCGACAUGAGAGGCAUAAGGAAUAAUAAAUAAUCACAAUAAUGUUUAUUUAAACAAGCUCUUGAACGUAAAAAAAACCCAUCAAAAUAAAUCAGUUUUCCAGUUCGAGGUCGACAGAUAGGAACCGCAGGACUCACGAGGGCCUCAACACGUUCCGAGGCCUCAUUCGACUCGUGAUAAAUAGGGAACUAUUACAUCGUUGUUGGGCACGAAAGAGGCGAACGUGACUAGUUUCUGGGGGUCGGAAAAACUGAUUUUAAAAGGCUCGUUUGGGGGGCCUAGACGUUCCCGAGGGCCCGUUUAACAAGUUUAGAAAGACCGUGGAGAGCCACUAAACAGUUUUAAAGUAUCACGAAAGCGAGAGGCGAAUUAAGCGCCGUUCACGUGACCGUUUGAUAAAUGGUGUGUUUGCAGUCAUUUAUCCAGCUCAGAACACCUUAGACACAGGCUAAGACCUCUCUUUAUAGGGACUUGUCAUCUCUUAUUUCCACCAUACUCUGUUCUUUCUCUCCCUUUUUCCUUAUUUUUUUUACUUCUUUUAUCAAUUAGAACCCAUUUUUCCAUGAGUUAUAACAACGAAGAAUGAGGAAAAUUGAGUAUAUGGGGGUUGCCUCACGAUAAAUUGUUAUUAUCCUUUAUCUCGUAAUUAUAUCAGUGAACAUUGUUUAACACAAAAGACCCUCGGACGCCUUUUUUUUUAAUCGUUUGUCAUCAUUAAUCCCUUGUUAUGCCUUAAUAAACUAAUUUCUCUUAACUAGAUUCUGCCUUUGAAUGCUCGUGCCAACCCCCACGUUCUUUGUUUACAGUUCACAGCAGCGGAAUGACCAUGAUUAUUGUUCGCGGAUUCGAUCGGUAAUUAGUGAAAUUAAUGAAAAUGUAUGGGCCAAGUAAACUUUGUAAUUGACCAAAUGGAGUUAACCCGAGCACACGUGGUCAAUGUCUUUAGUUCAAAGAAGCCACCAAAUCUUUCCCAUUAGAGUCAGUGUUUCUUUGUCCACCACGGCUGUCAAUCACGUGGUCGAUGUAACUUUACCCAUAGAAACUACCAAAAAUCAUGGGCAAAUUUUUUGGUACAUUGCCAUUGAAAUCAUAGUUAGUGUAUCUUGCUCAUUGGUGAGAUCAAAAAUCAACAUUUCUGUCCAUCUUGGUACCCCAAAACCAUCAGUUCUGCCCAUAUUGAUACCAUAAAGUAUCAUUUAUUUCCCAUCUUAGCACCCCAAAGAACCAUUUCUUGCCCAUUAAACCUACCAAAAACAUGGUCAAUGUAUCUUCCCUAUGGGUUAGACCAUAAAAAAACCCACUAUUUUUGAAGUGUCAUCAUAGACUAUACAUAUUUGUUAUCUUAGUUUGAUGAUAAUCUAUAAAAAAAACACAAUUAUUUAUUUAAAAAAAGCAAUAUUU